AUGUCAACUCAAGAGACAGCCAAAACACUGUACCUGGAUGCAGACGGCAUAAAAUAUGCAUACCGGCUCAUUGGAAACUCUACUGCCGGCAGCCACUCGCCUCCUUUGCUCAUGCUCAACCACGUCCGGGCAACAAUUGAUACGUGGGAUCCUCAAGUCAUCAACAACUUUACGGCAACUGGCCGACAAAUCAUAACAUACGAUUAUGCUGGAAUAGGACAUAGCCAGGGCAACGUCGCACCCUCCAUCCGAGGCUUCGCCGUCAACUUGCUCGCAUUUCUCAACGUCCUCUUGCCGUCCCUGCAUACUCAGCACGUUGAUGUUUUGGGUUUCUCCAUGGGCGGCUACGUUGCUCAGCAGUUGGCUCUCGACGCCCCCAAUGUGGUUAACAAGCUGGUUCUCUCGGGCACUGGACCAAGUCUUGGAGCAGACCUGCAACGACCGAUGAAUGAGGUGCAAUCCACUGUUUUCAACCCAACGCCAGAUACCUCAAUACUCCCAGCAUUCUUUCCGCCUUUUACAACCGGCGACGAGGGCCUUGCAUGGCUUAAUAGAAGCGUCGGUUCGCGACAGGGUGUUGCUGGAAAAAACGGAGAGCCUGCUAUUGCAUCAUUUACCUCUGGAGAAGCUCUAGUGAAGCUUACUCAGGCUUAUUUGACCUGGGAUGCCGAUCCAGUUCCCUACUCCUUGUUGCAAACAAUACAAAAGGAUGCCCUUGUGACCAGCGGAGACAAUGAUCUUAUUGUUCCGACGCAAAACUCAUUUGUCCUGGCGAGACAGCUAUCACGAGCAAACUAUGUCAUGUUUCCGAGCAGCGGGCACGGUCAUCUAUUCCAGUACGCAGGCUAUUUCGCCAAGGUGGUUGGAGAGUUUUUGGACGGUAAACUGCCGACGGUGCCAUUCUCCGCUGGGCAAGUUCCACCAUUUGGGACAUAUGGAAAUUAUAACUGA